CCCGGAUCCGACGCCGGACGCCCCGCGCUGCCGCUGCCCCAGCUCCCCUGACUGUCGCCUGCGCUCCCGCCCCUGGCAAGCGUCCCCAGCGCCCCGGGAUCGUUCCAGCGGCCCAGCGCGCCCCGUGAUCGUGCCGGCGGCCCCGCGCCCCGAGAUCGAUCCGACCGCCCUGCGCGGCCCCCGCUGCCUCCCCGGAGCGCCGGCUCGUGCGCCCCGCUCGCUGCUCCCCGGCACUCUCGGGGGGCCCGCCCGCCCUGCACCCUGGAGCACCGGGCCGCGAGCCUCUGCCAACUCCUCUGGAUCUUCGCGGCCGUGGGCAGCGGCUGCAGUGCCUGUCCGCCCGAGGGAGGACCCGCACCGCUGUGUUUGCCCUGCAGCUCUGGUUCUGCUGCCCACCCCUUGGGUAACACGGGCACCCCGGGAACAUGGCAGACGAAGACCUCAUUUUCCGCCUGGAAGGUGUUGAUGGCGGCCAGACCCCCCGGGCUGGUCACGACGGCGAGUCCGAGGCCGACAGUGACGAUGAGGAAGAUUACUUCAUCUGCCCCAUCACUGAUGACCCCAGGUCACACCAGAAUGUCAAUUCCAAGGUUAAUAACUACUACAGCAACCUAACGAAGAGUGAGCAGUAUGGCUCCAGCGGGUCCCCUGCAAGCUCCUUCCAUUUUAAGGAAGCUUGGAAGCAUGCAAUCGAGAAGGCCAAACACAUGCCUGACCCCUGGGCUGAGUUCCACCUGGAGGAUAUAGCCACGGAAUGUGCCACGCGUCACAGGUACAAUGCUGUCACCGGGGAGUGGCUGGAAGAUGAAGUUCUGAUCAAGAUGGCGUCGCAGCCCUUCGGCCGUGGAGCGAUGAGGGAGUGCUUCAGGACGAAGAAGCUCUCCAACUUCCUGCACACUCAGCAGUGGAAGGGGGCCUCCAACUACGUGGCAAAGCACUACAUCGAGUCCGUGGACAGGGACGUGUACUUUGAGGAUGUGCGUCUACAGAUGGAGGCCAAGCUCUGGGGAGAGGAGUAUAAUCGGCACAAGCCCCCCAAGCAGGUGGACAUCAUGCAGAUGUGCGUGGUGGAGCUGAAGGACAGACCGGGCAAGCCUCUCUUCCACCUGGAGCACUAUAUCGAGGGCAAGUACAUCAAGUACAACUCCAACUCAGGCUUUGUUCGUGAUGACAACAUGCGCCUGACACCACAGGCCUUCAGCCACUUCACAUUUGAGCGUUCCGGGCAUCAGCUGAUUGUGGUAGACAUCCAGGGUGUGGGCGACCUCUACACUGACCCGCAGAUCCACACCGAGAAGGGCACUGACUUUGGAGAUGGCAACCUAGGUGUCCGGGGGAUGGCGCUCUUCUUCUACUCUCAUGCCUGCAACCGGAUUUGCAAGAGCAUGGGCCUCGCUCCCUUUGACCUCUCGCCAAGAGAGAGGGACGCCGUGAAUCAGAACACCAAGCUGCUGCAAUCGGCCAAGACCAUCUUGAGGGGGACAGAGGAAAAGUGUGGGAGCCCCCGAGUAAGAACCCUCUCUGGGAGUCGCCCCCCCCUGCUCCUUCGCCUUUCAGAGAACUCUGGAGAUGAGAACAUGAGUGAUGUGACCUUUGACUCUCUCCCUUCCUCCCCGUCUUCGGCCACACCACACAGCCAGAAACUGGACCACCUCCAAUGGCCUGUGUUCAGCGACCUUGACAACAUGGCACCCCGAGAACACGACCAUCUGGACAACCACCGGGACUCCGAAAACAGUGGAGACAGUGGAUACCCCAGUGAGAAGCGGGGUGAUCUGGAUGACCCAGAGCCCCGCGAACAUGGCCACUCAAACGGUAACCGGAGGUACGAGUCAGACGAAGACAGCCUGGGCAGCUCCGGACGGGUCUGCGUGGAGAAAUGGAAUCUCCUCAACCCCUCCCGCUUCCACCUGCCGAGACCUUCCGCUGUGGCCCUGGAAGUGCAGAGGCUUAAUGCUCUGGACCUUGAGAAGAAAAUCGGGAAGUCCAUCCUGGGGAAGGUGCAUCUGGCCAUGGUGCGCUACCACGAGGGCGGGCGCUUCUGCGAGAAGGACGAGGAGUGGGACCGCAAGUCGGCUGUCUUCCACCUGGAGCACGCAGCUGACCUGGGUGAGCUGGAGGCCAUCGUGGGCCUGGGGCUCAUGUGCUCACAGCUGCCCCACCACAUCCUGGCCGACGUCUCUCUGAAGGAGACAGAAGAGAAUAAAACCAAAGGAUUCGAAUGCUUACUGAAGGCAGCUGAAGCUGGCGACAGACAGUCCAUGAUCCUGGUGGCUCGGGCUUUUGACACAGGCCAGAACCUCAGCCCAGACAGGUCCCAAGACUGGCCAGAGGCUCUGUACUGGUACAACACAGCCCUGGAGAUGACAGACUGUGACGAGGGCGGUGAGUAUGAUGGGAUGCAAGAUGAGCCUCGGUACACGCUGCUGGCCAGGGAGGCUGAGAUGCUGUUCACCGGCGGCUGCGGGCUAGAGAAGGACCCGCAGAGAUCAGGCGACUUGUACACACAGGCAGCCGAGGCCGCGAUGGAAGCCAUGAAAGGCCGGCUGGCCAACCAGUACUACCAGAAGGCGGAGGAGGCCUGGGCGCAGAUGGAGGAGUAGCUUGCCAGGAAAAUCACUGCUGGCCAGUCCCAAGCGAAAGGGCUAAGACGUGGGGGCGGGGGGGGGCGGGUUGCGGAGAAGACUUAUUGACUUAUUUAGGGUUUUUUUUGGCGGGGAAGGGCAAGUAUUUUUAGUGUGUUAUAAAUCAACUUUUGUAUUGCGUCUUUUGACUCUUGAAAAUGUCUUUGCUAUUGGCGAAGACGCUACAGCUGUCCUUUAGGGCAGCAUCUUGGGGAGUGGGGAUUGAAAAAGCAGCGCAGUGAACCAACAUAUCGUUUUGAGCUUUUUUUUUUUUUUUUUAUUGGUCAUGAGAUCUAAGAACGUGCUUCUCUGCUAUGGAUAAAAAAUAGGGCUUUGGGCUUGGCUCACCAGCUUUUUCAGGCUGUACUGAAAUGAAAUCUUAGGCCCACAGAACUUGUUUCCUGAGCUGUGAUGAGGAAGGUAGAGCUGCACGUUAGCUUUCCAUGGGAUGUGUAUGAUCAUGACUUAGUGCAAAGCCUUACUUCUCAGAGCAUUUGGAAGCAUGAUGGCAUCCUUCUGUGGAUGUGAGAUUGCGCAGUACCCAGGCCCCCUUCCGCUGUUGGCAAAGGCCUGCACACUGACCGUUUGCUAAUCUUAUAGUUUAAUUUCCUUCCCGAAUGCAACUGAUUUUCUGAAAUACAGCCAAAUUCCGUUUUUUUUAGCAUGCUUUCUACAGUGGGCUUUAUAAAACAGGUUUAAUUUUUUUGUAUGCACACAUUUACUACCUCUAACUUCAUCAGCUAGUGUGGAAGUGGGUGCGCCUCAAACCUUUUACAUGUAAGAACAGCAACUUGGAUUUGGAGCCUUUCCUCCAAGCUGACAUAUACUUCACAUCUCAGUGGCAGCAUCCAUAGUGUAACUGAAGUAUCUCUGUACAGUGUUCCUCUGUGUUUUCUUAGCAUCUGACCUUCAUAUGUAGGCUCUGUUCCCCAGGCCCUGUCCUUGCCAUUUGCUGCUUGAAGCUGGGUAGCUUUUCUUGUAAAUUGCAGCAGUAGGAUUUCAGCAGCAACCCCUUGAGAUUUAUCUAAGAUGUUUGAGGAUGAGAGGGCAAGAACUAUAAACACUCAUUAAUUCCAGUAGUUUCCCCAGGGCCAGGCUGUGGCUCUGUAUUUAAUGAGCUUUCCCUUUAAAAGGAAUAAGAUUUAAUAUCAGUAUGAUUUUAGCUGGUGUGUCAAGGCAAAGAAAACACACUGCUUUGAUCAAGCCCAAGUGCUAAAGCAGCCUCUCUUUCUGUGUUAAAAUGAAAACAAAACAAAACAAAAGCAGAAUGUGACAUACAAACCGUUCUUACCUGUCCAUUAAAACAGCUCUUUCAACAAAUUACUGUUAAGUGCUGUGGAAUUGUGAACCUGUGCAAGCAUUUGAAUCUUUGGUCCCAAAGUUCAGAGUGUGCACUAGGUGCAAAAAAUCAAGCGGACUCAGAAUUACCCUUGGAAAAAUUCCUUUACCCAAUCAAGAAGUUGGCUUGCGUUAGGUUUUUUGUUUGUGUGUUUUAAAGCAGUGCAUAUAGUUAAAUUGCAUAUGGUUAAUGUACUCCAGAAGCAGCUUGAUUGUGACUUAUCUCUUAUCUCCGUAAAGGGCCAGAUAGUAAAUAUUGUAGGCUUUGUAGGUCAUGGGGUCUCUGUUGUAACUACUCAGCCCUGCUGUUGUAGUGAAGAAACACCCAGGAACCGUACUUAAAUGAAUGAGCUUGGCUGAUGUUCCAAUAAAACUUUAUUUACAAAAACAGCCUGCCUAGGCAGUAGCUUGAGGACUCUAAUUCUUGAGUAAGGGUUACUACAGUAUGUCCUGAAGGCAAAAGCUAUCUCAGUUUUUCAGCUUUCAGUGCUCAAAAACACAGUGCCUUGGCAGAGUGAGCACUCGAAAAAUGUGUGAGCAAAUGGAGAGCCAACCCUAGUCACAGCACCUAAUCCGUGGCUCUGAGUCUUCCAGCCAGUUAAUGAUUUGUUGUCUGAAUUGACUUGCAAUGUCAGUCCUCCAGUUCCAACCCACCCACCUCCAUGGCCUUAACUCAGCCAGCUUCUCUUCCAGGAGGCUGGGUUAUGGCUUGGAUAGAGAGCUAAGCAAAUGCUUAUUGAGGACCAGUGAGAGUCAAAUAAUAUGCAAGAUGCUGAGAUUUUUCUGAGCCAGUAGGAGAGCUUAUCCUACCUUCAAAACCUAGUUUUGUGCCUGCUAAAGCUGGUUAGAGCAUCUUUUUUUUCACAGAUUCUGGGCAUGCAAAAACAAAAGACAAAGAACCCCAGGACAUUCUGGCCCAAUUGGGAAGACAUCAGAGACCAUCUUCAAGAGCGAGUAGCAGGUGGAGGUCCAAGAGAUCAGCAGAGUCUGGAAUAUAGUCCCGUAUCUUCCGACAUAGAUGGAGAAACCAGGGUUUUGAAAGACAGACUCUCACAGUGACAGUGCUGGUUAGCAAGCUAGCUGCAGCUAGGAUUUGAAAGCUGCUGUUAUUUAGAGGAUCCCAGGGAUAAAAUUUAAAAUUAGACUAGAGUGUCAUGUCCCUUUCAGCUUUGCUAUUGUUUUGUUGUUUCUUUUUUUUUUCUUUUAAGCAGACUUUUAUGGAUGUAAGAAGGAAAAAAAAAAUCCCAACCCCAGGGCAUCUGAAUAUCCCUGCGCCUCCCCUCCCCUGAGGCACUGUGGGAAUUCAUCAUCAAAUGCAAACUUGGGGAACCAAGCCCGGUAAAGUGCCCUCGUUGUUAUCUUAGUGAUUUCCUUUCAUGCCAGCACAUUUGUCUGCUGUACUGGACAUGAUUUACAAAUCGACAUGUUUCCAAAGGCAUACGCAGCUUGUGUGGGGGGGAAAGGAGACAAAAUAUACAUAUUCUCCGCAUGGAUUUGUGCCUGUUAGUCCUGUUUCUAGUCUCAAGUAACCAUUUAACCUAGACGAGGUGGACCCUGGGUGGGGCCCAAAGGAGAGGCCUGUGUUACCAAUUUAUUUUUGCAUAUGUAUUCAGUUCCAUAUCAUCGUUUCAAAUAAAGUGGUUUCUUUCUU